AUAAAUACUGCUUAGAGUAAUAUGUUUAGGAUUAGAUAAAUUUUUUUAAUCGUAAGAUCAAGUACUUCAGUUUAGUAAGUUAGGAUAAAGGGUCAUCAUUUUUAAAAUGGAAAUACGCACAUUUUUCUGUUUUCUGACCGUCCUUGCGAUUACUGGAAUAGAAGGUUUAAAAAAUGGACAUAACGAUCCAAAUGUCACUAAUUGGAGAACUUACGUUGACGGAAUGGAUGAAUUUUCUUCUGACUUAUACAAUGCGGUGAAAAAUGAAAACUUAUUAAAGAACGUUGUUGUAUCACCAUUGAGUGUAAAUGUUCUUCUAAAUAUAUUUCUGUCCGGAGCGGACGGAAAUACAAAAAAUCAAAUUCUAGAAGCUCUUCAUCUUCCAACAUUUAACAUGAAUGUAAAAUUAUCUUACUCAAGGCUUAUUAAAUAUCUGACGGCAUCCGAACGAGUGACGACAAAAAUUUUAAAUAAGUUAUACGUCAGUAAUGAGUUUUCUAUUAAGGAAGAUUUCAACACUGUGUUAGUAAACUAUUUUCAAUCGAAAGUCGAGAAUCUUGACUUUAAAGAUUCAGUGAAAGCUGCAGAUACGAUUAAUUCCUGGAUAUCAACGGAAACAAAUGAGAAGAUAAAGGAAUUAUUUACCCCUGAUACACUUAGUGGUUCUGGUAUUGCUGCCGUUAAUGUACUGUACUUCAAAGGCGAAUGGUUAAAUGAAAUGAUAAUGUUGAACGAACUAACAGGAGAGCCAACAAGUAAUAGAGAUUUUUAUACAACUAAUGGAAAUUAUCAAGUGCCGAUGAUGAACAUUGAGGAACAAUUUAAUUAUGGAGUUCUUCCAGAGUUUGAUGCUACAUUCGUUGAAAUUCCCUUUAAGGACGUGAAGUAUUUCAUGAUGAUUAUUCUUCCGAAUCAAGUGAACGGUCUCGCGACAGUGGAACGGAAAUUGGGAGAAACAAACCUUACAAGUAUUAGAGAAAAAGGAUCAAUUAGAUAUGUGAAUAUUGUAAUGCCCGAAUUCAAAAUCGAGAGUAAAAUUGAGAUGAAAAAUAUUUUACAAUCGAUGGGUUUGAGAGAUAUGUUCACAACGUCUUCAAACUUAAAUGGAAUUUCUAAUGAAUCCAUGCAUGUUAACGAUGUGGUACAAAAAUGUUUCAUUGCUGUUAACAAAUUUGGCGUUGAAGCUGCAGCAGCAAGUGGUUCUUCAUUAGUUGCACAUAUGCUCCCUAGCAAUAUUGCAAAAUUCAAUGUGAAUCAUCCAUUUUACUUUAAAAUUGUGAAAAAUUUGGCUGGUAAAGUUGGCAUAACCCUCUUUGAAGGAAGUGUCAAAUCUUUCUAAAAGAAAGUAAUGCAUGUGCUUUAAAAUUUAACUGAAUAUUAAUAAAAAUAUAAGCUUGUUAAUCCUUUUUUAAUUCGAUUAUCGGAAGAGUGAUAAAUAAAACAAAGUAUUAUCGUUAAACUUAAUAUAUAACAUUUUAGAAAUUAAUCGCUUUUUAUAAUUUGAUUCCAAAUCUACAAUUUUUACUUCAUCAAAAUUGAAAGAAUGAUUGAGUAUAGUUUGAUGUUCAAACUACAAAUUCAAUUUUUUUGUUUUUAUGUUCUUUGAUUCUUUUUUCCAAACUACGUUUUGAUUCACCGAUGUAAGUGGCGGAACAAUUAUUACAGUUAAAUUUGUAAACGAUACCAUUUUGGUUCCAUUUGUUAGUUGAAUCCUUAUACCUAAUUUAACAACUGAAGUCAAAGACUUAUUAACUAUUGGAAUUGACAAUAAAUUAUAAUCUUUUAAAA